GGAAAUCGACAACCCAGCAGACCUUAAUCUAGCUCGUUAUCUCUUCGGUGAAUGAAAGUAAUAGGAUUGGAGCUGUUAUUGAGGCGGAGAGAGAUAAUUUUUUCAUCAGAAGGGGACUCUCAGUGGGAGUAAUUCACCAACAUGGCAGCUGCGACAACAGAUGGAAAUAUCAGCACUCAAAAUUCCAAUGGAGAGAAAAUGGUAAAAGAAGGUGCAAAAGAUUAUCUGACUGGACUCAGCUAUACAAAAUUAUUUGAAUAUGACUCGAUUGAAAUUGAUUUAGCGCCUGAAAAGAAAGGCAUUUUCAACACCUAUCAAGAAUAUUUUGUCAAAAGCAAGAGACUGGCAUCCUGUGUCGAAAGGAGAUAUACAGAUUUUGUUUCAUUCCAUGAAAUUUUGAUAGCCACCUACCCAUACAGACUAGUACCAAAACUUCCUCCAAAGAAAAUGAUGGGAGUGGAUGUAAAAUUUAUCGAGGAGAGGCGCAGAGCAUUACGGCGGUGGCUGACUUUGGUGUCCCAGCACCCGGUGCUAAGUGAAGAUCCAACCACAAGAUUUUUCUUAACAUUCACAGGGCCCAAAGUGCACAGCAAGAUUCUAGAAGUUUACAAACGAAUGCCCGAUGAGUUUACGACUUCCUUUGACGCGUCAAAAUCAAAAGAACUUGUUGAAUCAGUCAGCCCUUCACUUAUUGCAAGCAGCCGCAGUCAGAUCCAAGUAAUUUUUGCUGGAGUAUCUCAACUGAGGACAGUUGCUGAGAGAAUCGCUCAAAGAUCCCAAGAUUAUGCUUUGGAUGUGGCAGAAAUCGGAAUUCAAAUGUUGAAAAUGGCAAACGACCCUCAGAGUGCUUCUGAAUGGGCUGCAAGCGGUAGUAACGUUUGGGAAGAGACAAAAGUUGGCUUCAAAGCAAUUGCGAAUGACUUUUCCGACUUAUACACACAGGCGAAUAAUCAGGCCAUGGUGCAACAGGAGGAAGUGUGUGAAAAAUUGAACUUGCUCCUAGAUUUGCUAACAGCGCACCAAAUGUUGUGCGAGCGACACGAAAAGGGUGUUGCUCAAGAUCACCAACGCGCCCUGGACAAAAUGCUGGCAUUCAAAAAGGCCAAAAUUCAAAAGUCAAUCAGCGGAAGUGAAGGUGAAACGCUUGAUCAGCUAGAAGCUCGAAUGAUGGAGCAAGAAAGCGUGAUUGCGGACAUAGAAAUGCGAAGUGCCUAUUCCUUGCAUUGUAUGAAAUUGGAAACGCAGCUGGUGCACACUUAUUUAGGGAUUGUGACGGAAAUUAUGAGCUCGCUCAUAUCUGUCCAAGUUAUUGGACACAGUGAGAUGGCAAAAGUUUGGAAGACGAUGCAGACCAAAUCUUCUGAAAAUUUACCCGAUAUCUAGACCAGCCGGGAGUGAAAUCGACAGACUUAUUUGAAUGAUAUGUUACGUUGCAUAAAGUAUUAAAUAUCUAUUUUUGUUCAUAAUCAACAACACAGGACUUACGCAGUUUCUCCCUCUUUGCAUUUGUUAAAAAAAAAAAACAAUUUUUCUAAAAACAUAAAGAUUGAUUUGGUUUACAAUUACGCGAUA